AUGCCUGAAUUUAAACCAAACGCAUACGGCGAAUUUGUUUCGGAAUUUAGAAAAGCCAAAGCAUUGGAAAAUAUUUCUUACCCCACGUUUGACGCCGCUGCAAAAGACGCUGUACCUAUUUGGGAGUUUAAGCUUAUCUUUAAAUUAAUAUCUUGGACCAUGUCAGCAUCCGAAAAAAAAAAGUAUAAACAUAUGGCACAGAGACAUAGGCAACAACUAGAAUCGAAUGUCUCUGCCAAUAAUAAUAACUCGAUUUAUAACAAAGGCAACAGUACUGUUUCCCCAAAAAAAACUUGUCAAGGAAAGCUUUUGGCAGAGGUAGAUUUUAAGGAACAGGGAAUACAGGAGUUUAUUAAAAAGAAAAAGCUGUAUACCCAGAAUUUAAUCAGAUCUUCACCAGCUCCUGCGCAGUUAGUUUUCAACAUAAUGCACACAGUUACAUAUAUUGUUGAUGAAAACCAAUAUUAUCAUGCAGAGGUGGCUCUAGUCAAAUUCAAUCUGAACUCAGGGAUUCAGUCGAUGGUCCAGAUGUUUAUUGAUCAUGAGGCUCUUCCAACUGGCUAUCUUCAUGAGGCUAAAAGCAGGCAAGAAAAAGAGCAUCGUAUUGUGCUGCCUCCGCAAUCUAGAAAAAUUCUUAAUACUAAGAGUUAUAGAACCGCAUUAAAUGAACUUACUCAGCUUAUGCAGCAAAUAUUGCAGAAAAAACGAAAUAUAUCUGUCAAUUGCAAGACAGUAUGA